CCCCCUUGGAAAGCAUGACGAAAUUUGUUUGAAGUUCGCAACUUCAUCUCAUUCACAUUUCACAUUGUUUACAUCUGGUUUGCAUACACACUAUUUCUCGAAGGCUCCAUUGCUAAAAAUUUACGUCUGCCGAAAAUGGCGUCGACGGCUGUGAUGGCUGGUCUUGGACUGGCAAUCGUUGGCUACACGGGCCGCUACAUCCUCCGCAGGGCCCCUAACAUUGUUGAGCAAAUGUCUAAAGCCGCCGAAAUGUUGCCAAAGCUGGACGCAGAGUCGCUUGCAAGUAGCAAGUAUUACAAGGGAGGAUUUGAUGCAAAAAUGUCUAAACGAGAGGCAAGUCUUAUUCUUGGUGUUUCGCCGACUGCUAGCAAGCAGAGAAUCAAGGAGGCACAUAAAAGGAUAAUGAUCAUUAACCACCCUGAUAAAGGUGGCUCACCGUACAUAGCGUCCAAGAUCAAUGAGGCCAAGGACUACCUCGAGUCGGGAAAGUCGUAACACGGUUGACUGCCCUUCUGCAGGAGGUUGAUACCUUUGGAGAACCUGAGAGACUGAGCUACCCGACCGCGCGUUUAGCCGUUUUUUAUACCGCCCCCUUCCAUAAACGACGGCGAAAGCGGCUCUCAACCGCAUCAACAAGAUCUCGAAGGACUACAAAGGGCAUCGCUUCCCUACUACCAGUAACAAAAGGUAGGGUCAGUUAUGCUGUCGCACUAACAAUAAGCUGAAGUUUUUGACAUUUAUUGAAAAUGAAAAAUUUAUGUUUUAAUUUAAUGGUACCUAAACUGAAUAAUUAAUGUUC